CGUGCUGGUUUCAACUUCCUGUUUACCACUUGUACCUUGAGACACUUCACGGAUUGCAACACUUCAACAGUGGUGUGAUUUUUGAUCAAGACUAAUAAAUACGCGUUUGAAUCGCUGCUGCUACGGAUUUAAUCGUUUUGGAACCGGUAAUAUUUUUUUGUCAUUACUGGGGAAGAGGAGAGAAAAUGAAUAAAUGACAGAGGGAACGUGACUAGGCCAGGAGUCCUCGCGAUUUCCUGAGUCAGGCGCCCGGAGUAUUCCUCUGCCAACAAAGGCUCAAUACCAAACAUAUGAGUGAUGAGGGCAAGGACUAAAAACCAGUCAGCAUUCAUUUUUCUCGGAAAAACGUUUAUUAAUGUGUUGGAUUUAACUGUAAGUGUAGAUACUUCCUAACAUUAGUUAACUAACGUCAGCUACCUUAGCUAGCCAACCAAAUCCACCACCACUAGCUUAGCCACGUAAACAAAUUACUAUACAGUCUGCUUGCCUGGCAAGUUUUACUCGGAAGGGUUAGCUAGCCUGCUGGCUGGUUAAUACAUCCUUGUUUCUAGAGGGUACCAGCACAGCGGUGCCCUGAAUUCGGGGAGAAUACCCGGCUCCGGCCCUUUCAAGCGGGCAGUCAGGAAGAAACUGGCUGGGAAGGGAUGGCCUGGUGGGUCUUCCCGUUCCCAAGGUGCUGCGGUGUUUGAGGGUGGAAGAGUUCGGAUAGAACCCACGGUGGGUCUCGGCACGAUGAUGUCUGCAUUCCCUUCCGUGUCUGGGAGUCUCACGGACUCCGGGCUAAUGAUAUCAGGCAGAAAGACUGAGGAAAUAGCGGAUUUGAUAGAUUUGUUUUCGAAGACACAGUACAGAGCGAAAGAAGUCACGCCACGGGUCGAGACAAUAGAGAAGCGUUGCUUGGAGCUCUUUGGCCGAGACUACAAGUACAGUGUCAUCCACAACGCCAACGGGGAGGUGUGUGGCCACUACCCCCGACAGAUGGUCUUCCUGGAGUAUGAAUGUACAGAGCUCCAUAAAGACGGGUUUGAGAGCACAGUCCAGAUCACCAAGCUGCAGGAUCUGGUGAACCGCAGUAAGAUGGCCCGCUGCAGAGGGAGGUUUGUCUGCCCUGUCAUCCUCUACAACGGCAAACAUAUCUGUCGCUCAUCCACUCUGGCAGGCUGGGGGGAGCUAUAUGGGCGCACAGGCUACAACUACAUCUUCUCAGGGGGGAUUGAUGACACAUGGGGGGCAGAGUCUGAGCCAGAGGUUCCAGAGGACGACAGUGCCGGCAAUGGGGACUCUCAGCUCUUUGACAAGGUGCGGGGUCUGGACAUCAAGCUGCUGCGCUACCUCUCUGUGCGCUACAUCUGUGACCUCAUGGUGGAGAACAAGAAGGUCAAGUUUGGCCUAAAUGUCACCUCGUCUGAGAAGGUGGAUAAGGCUCAACGAUAUGCAGACUUCACCCUGCUCUCUGUGCCUUACCCAGGGUGUGAGUUCUUUAAGGACUACAAAGAUAGAGACUACACCGCUGAGGGACUAGUAUUCAACUGGAAUCAGGAUUUUGUGGAUGCUCCUUUGACAAUCCCUGUGUGCUUUACCAAGAACUUGAAUAUAGACUGGAGUAAAUAUCAGUCAUGGGACCUGGUCCAGCAGACCCAGAACUACCUGAAGCUGUUGCUUCACAUCAUCAACAGCGACGACGAGAGCGGUCUCCUCGUCCACUGCAUAUCCGGUUGGGACCGGACACCUCUCUUUGUGUCCCUCCUGCGUCUCUCGCUGUGGGCAGAUGGUGCCGUCCACGCCAGUCUGGAGCCGGCUGAAAUCCUCUAUCUGACCAUCGCCUACGACUGGUUCCUCUUUGGUCAUAUGCUCCCUGAUCGCCUCAGCAAAGGAGAGGAGAUUUUCUUUUUUUGCUUCAAUUUUUUGAAGCACAUUGUCUCAGAGAAGUUCUCUGCCAUGAAGAAACCGAGUUUCCACAGAAGGAAAAACUCUCAUUUUAAAGACACUGAUUUCACAGUGGACGACCUCUGCCAGUUGAAGUCCAGGGACCGGGGCAGUGUGACCAGCCUGAGCAGUGACUUCUCUCUGAUCACGGAGGACGUGGGCGGAGCCACCGGCCUCACCAACGACGCCGUGGACCUGUUUUCUGGCCAGCCCCUGGCAGCCUCCAGCUGGAGGAAGGGACACAACUCGUCCCCACAGACGGUGCUGUGGAACCGGCCCAACCCCCUGCAGGAGCGGCUGGCCCACCCCCUCAGUCAAGAAACCAAGUCCUCCAGCUCUUCCUCCUCCAACCAAUCAGAGACGGGUUUCACGCUCGCAGGCAGCAGUCCUAUGUCUGUGCCCGGGAGAAGAGGGAAGAGGGGGGUUGUCCCAGGCCAGACGCUCAGGGCCGAGGCACACGUGUCCAUGAGACAUUGUGGCUGGCGGCAGAGUACGCCCGCUCAGGCUCCUCCCUCUCCAUGGACUACGGCAGCUGGCAGAUCGUGUCGGGCUGCGGCUCCAUCCACGACCGCGGACAGUUCCUGCCAAUCCCCACCACCACCAACGACUUUCCCCUCCCCUUUAUCUUCCAGGACGAGGGGCCCAGCGGACGCAUUUGCCCGUCCCCCUCGGAGCGUCAGGCCCGUCUGGAGACUGUGAGGGAGGUGUUCCUGGCUGCCUACAGCUCCACCGUGGGCCUCAAGUCGAGCGCGCCCAGCCCCUCCGGUGCCAUCUCAGGCCUCCUGGAGCAGUUUGCCCGUGGCGUGGGCCUCCGGGGCACCAACAGCAUCGUCUGAUCUAGGGUCAGGUCUCCCACCCCAAAUGUGAACUCCGGGCCCGUAAUCAUUGUAUUCAUGAAGUGUCUCAGAGUAGGAAUGCUGAUAUAGGAUCAGUUUUUCCUGUUAGAUCAUAUGGACAGGAAGGCCUGAUUCUAGAUCAGCACUCCUACCGUGAGGUUCUGUGAAUAUGGGCCCUGACCCCCCCACCCCACCCCUCUCCCACUAAAUCCCGUCCUAUUGAAUUGCGGUCCACAAUCCGCAUUCAUCUCCAUCAAGGGAAGAUGCAUCUCGUAUGGACUCUAAUAAAAAUAAAAAGUGCCAAACUUCUCUACUCUC